AUGGAAAAUAAUCUUUUUGAGACAAUUAAUAUAGCCGAUUACACUUAUUUUAUAGAUUAUUGGAUAACAAUUUACUAUGGAAUAGUUUUUUAAUGGUAGUUAUAUUUGGUUUAGGCUGGAACUAUUUAAUAGGCAUACUGGAUGAUGAAAUCAAUACUACAAGAUAAUAUAUUUAAUUAUAAAUAUAAAUGA